UCAGUGGAGCCAGUUGAGGUUGUACCAGUUGUCGAGGAGGCCCCUGCACCAGUCGAGGUUGCACCCGUUGUUGAGGAGGCCCCUGCACCAGUCGAGGUUGCACCAGUUGUUGAGGACGCUCCUGCACCAGUCCAGGUUGCACCAGUUGUUGAGGAGGCCCCUGCACCAGUCCAGGUUGCACCAGUUGUUGAGGACGCCCCUGCACCAGUCCAGGUUGCACCAGUUGUUGAGGAGGCCCCUGCACCAGUCCAGGUUGCACCAGUUGUUGAGGACGCCCCUGCACCAGUCCAGGUUGCACCAGUUGUUGAGGACGCCCCCGCAUCAGCCAAGGUUGCACCAGUUGUUGAAGACGCCCCCACACCAGUCAAGGUUGCAAAAGUUGUCGAGGACGCCCCUGCACAAGUCAAGGUUGCACCAGUUGUUGAGGACGCCCCUGCACCAGUCACGGUUGCACCAGUUGUCAAGGAUGCCCCUGCACCAGUCAAAGUUGCAAAUGUUGUCGAGGAGCCCCCGCACCAGUCGAGGUUGCACCAGUUGUGGGGGAGGCCCCUGCACCAGUCGAGGUUGCGCCAGUUGUCGAGGAUGCACCUGCACCAGUCGAGGUUGCACCAGUUGCUGAGGCCACUGCACCAGGCGAAGUUGCACCAGUUGUUGAUGACGCCCCCGCACCAGUUUGAAAACACCAGUUGUGACAUCAUUAAUUGGGGUGUGGCCAAACAUGAAACAAACUUGAAAGUUUUGACCCACAGAGAGCAGCGCAGCAUGUGUUUAGUUACUUUUUACAGUAGGUGAGUUUGUUCUUCCUUAAUUUAGUAGAAUAUCUAAUGAUUAUACAGUGAAUGUAGGAAAUAUUAGGGACGUCUUCCUGAUAUUAAGUUGCAAUUUUUUGGCAUAACUGGAUAUGUAUUUUGCAAAAGUCCUUCUCGUAUCCUUUUUACCUGCAUCUCCUCCCUAGCCAUUGAUAUAGAUUCAAUAAGCAACACUGUUUUUUACCUAGACUGAUGAUCAGUGGAGCUCAGCGUCAUGGUUCAGUGAGAUGGAUAGGGGAAUGGAUAAGCAGCAGCAUGUGCGUUCACUCUCCGCUUUUCUUUUCUUGUCUUGUUUUAGCAGUCAGAUCUGUGUGGAUGUGUGAUUUAAAGGCCCGCAGCAAGUACGAACAGUUAUGAUACAGAUGUGCAGGUGUGACAUGAAGUGUGUGUUUUGGAAGUGUUGCUGUAUGUCUGAAGUCUCCAGUGUGAAAUGCUUUGACAGCUCUGUUGUAGUCCUCCUCUCUUCCUUGAUCCCCUCUUUCACAUUUUCUCGCCUCUACUGUUGAAUUUCUGGCUUUGUUAGCCCUGUGUAAUGUAUUUUGAAAUGGCUCACUGAAGGAUGAAUUGAACUUUACUUGUUGGUAUGUAUUUUAAAAAAUGGGAGAUUUAGAUGAUGACUCUGUCCUUGAUGCUCGCAGGCAGGUUUCUGUUACAGGAUGUGAGUGGAUGCCUUUGACUUAGCAAAGGACAGAAAAUGUGACCGUUUCACAUAUUGAUGUUUUUCAUGUUUUUACAAAAUAAAGAGGGAUUAAACAUGA